AAUAAUUUAUAUAUAAUUUUAAAUGUAUAAUUUUAAAUGUUAUCAUAUCACAUUGAAUUCGAUUAGAAGCACGAUGUUUCAGCGACGUGAUUAAAACCACGUGCUUCGAAAGACACAUCAUUUUUAUAAAAAUGAUAUAUAAUAGGUAGUUAAAUAAUUUUAAAAAAAUAUAAAUUGGGAAAUACAAUUUUUUAUUACUAUCGUAAAGAGGCAUGCUGAAACAGAAUGACGGAAUUUGUAGAUGGUUGGAUAUUUGGACACACUCUAGGAGAAGGUGCUUUUGGCGAAGUAAAAUUGGUUAUAAAUAAAUCUACAGGUGAAGCUGUUGCUAUGAAAAUGAUAGAUUUAGAGAAACAUCCAGAUGCUCAUCAUACUGUUCGUAAAGAAACUACAAUUCAUCGUAUGCUCUCUAAUCCUAAUAUUAUACAGUAUUUUGGAAAGCGUAGUGAACCUAACAUGGAAUAUAUAUUUUUGGAAUAUGCUUCAGGUGGAGAACUUUUUGAUAGAAUUGAACCUGAUGUUGGUAUGCCAAUAUGGGAAGCACAGAAAUAUUUUAAACAGUUGAUCUCUGGUAUAGAAUAUCUUCAUAGUAAAGGUAUUGCUCAUAGAGAUUUGAAGCCAGAAAAUUUGCUAUUAGAUGAACAUGAUAAUUUGAAAGUUUCUGAUUUUGGCAUGGCAACAAUAUAUCGUUUACAAGGCAAAGAACGUUGUUUAGAGAAAAGAUGUGGAACAUUACCAUAUGUUGCCCCAGAAGUAUUAUUACGUCCCUAUCAUGCAGAACCAGCUGAUAUAUGGUCAUGUGGUAUAAUUCUUGUUGCUUUAUUGACUGGAGAACUGCCUUGGGAUCAGUCCUUGGCAGAGUGUCCAGAGUAUAUGGCAUGGAGAGAUGGAAAAUAUAUGUCUCUUACACCAUGGAAAAAAUUGGAUAAUUCUUCAUUGUCUCUGAUAAAAAAUAUUCUUAUGCAUUCACCACAAUCCAGAUUUACUGUAAAGAAUAUUAAACAACAUAGGUGGUUCAUCAAAAAAUUUCAGAAAGCUGGCAAUAUAGAAGGAUAUAUUCGACCUGAUGAAACUGAUUCAAGACAAAUAAUAGAAGAUGAAAACUUAACACGAUUUUGUUUAUCGCAACCUGAAUUACCUGCAAUAGAAAAUACUAAUACAGUUGAAAUUAAUUUGGAAGAACGGCCUGGAUUUUCAUUUUCGCAACCUGCACAUAUAGAAGAUUUAUUGUUAUGUACGCAAGUACAAACGAAACAAUUUACUCAAACAAGUCAGCAAAAUACUUUCCAACGACUGGUGCGAAGAAUGACAAGAUUUUUCGUUAAAACAGAAUUGGAAACAACUGUGAAAAGAUUAAUAAAUUGUUUAAAAGAUGAAAAUUAUACAUAUCGCAUUAGUAAUUUUGGCACAAUAACUAUAUCAGGUGUUGAUAGAAGAAAGAUGCCUUUAGUUUUUAAAGCAAAUAUCGUUGAAAUGGAUGGAAAAAUAUUAGUUGAUUUUCGAUUAUCUAAAGGUUGUGGUUUAGAAUUUAAACGAAGAUUCGUAAAAAUUAAAUCUUUAUUAGAAGAUAUUAUAUUAAAAGGUCCUGUUACAUGGCCAAUUGCUGUUGCAACUGAAUGCAUGCCUUAAUUAUGUAUAAUUAAGUUUUUUAAUAAAUUUUUUUAUAUCCUUUCAAAAA